CGCGUUCCGCCUAGACGUUUAGCUCCCUGGUUCAAGAUGGCAGCGCCGGAGGAGAACGCUGGCUGCAAACUCCUAAGUGUCUCCGUGUACGACCGGCGUCGGGACCAGUCAGACGAAGCCGCAAAAGUCGUUCAAUGUCAUGCGGCAAACUAUGGAGACUUCCUGAACGCCGUCCGCCAGGUAUUUGGUAUUUCAUCUAAAGAAACUUUUAUUAUCACAACAACUGCUAGAAAAGAAAUAACAAGUGAAAACUUUGGUCAAAUUGUUAAAGACAAGAUUACUUUCUACUUACUACAGAGAGUUGAGCAGUUGCUCACUUCAGCAACAAAGGAGUACAUUGAUUUUUUGCCACAUUAUGACACACUUGUGAAAAGUGGAAUGUAUGAAUACUAUGCCAGCGAAGGGCAAAAUCCUCUGCCAUUUGCACUUGCAGAAUUGAUUGAUAACUCCUUAUCAGCUACUUCUAAAAAUUCCGGUGCUCGGUGCAUACAGUUAAAGCUGUUAUUUGAUGAUAGCCAAGGAAAACCAGCUGUUGCUGUGAUUGAUAAUGGAAGAGGCAUGACUUCUAAACAACUAAAUAACUGGGCUGUGUUUCGACUGUCAAAGUUUACACGACAAGACACUAUAGAAAGUGAUCAUUCAGGAUAUGUGCGUCCUCCGAUAGCACCUCGCAGCUUAAACGGUGAUAUAUCGUAUUUUGGGGUUGGUGGUAAACAAGGAGUGUUUUUUGUUGGACAGUCUGUUAGAAUGAUAAGCAAACCUGCAGAUUCCCAAGAUGUUCAUGAGCUUGUCCUUUCAAAAGAAGAUUUUGAAGAGAAAGAAAAAAACAAAGAAGGUGUAUAUAACGGAUAUAUAAGAAAUAGAAAGCCAUCUGAUUCUUCCCACAUUGUUAAAUAUGAUGAGCGAUUUCUGCACAACCUUAUUAUGGAAGAGAAAGACAAAGAAAGUUUUACUGCUGUUGUUAUUACUGGAGUACAGCCUGAACAUAUAAAAUACCUGAGAAAUUAUUUUCACCUUUGGACAAGACAAUUAACACACAUAUAUCAUUACUAUAUCCAUGGACCAAAAGGAAACACGACUAAUUUGCCAAUGAAGGAAGAAAAAGCUAUCAAUAAUAUGGAUAUUGAGAUUUCAGUGUUUGAAAAGGGGAAGACACCUAAGAUUGUGAAUCUUAGAGAAAUUAAAGAUGAUAUACAGACUUUAUAUAUAAAUACUGCAGCAGAUAGUUUUGAGUUCAAGGCUCGUGUGGAAGAAGAUGGUAUAGUGGAAGGAAUUAUCCAUUACCAUCCUUUCUUAUAUGAUAAAGAAACCUACCCUGAAGAUCCUCUCUCUCCUUCAAAUGAUGGUGAAGGUGAAGAUGAAGAUGAAGAGGAAUGCUAUACAAAAGAAAAAGGAGCUAGAGGGGAAAGAGCAAUUUUUGAAUGUUUUUGGAAUGGAAGACUAAUUCCAUAUACAACUGUAGCAGAUUUUGCAUGGUGUGCUUUGCCCCAAAAGAGAGGAUCCGUUCCAUUUGAAUGUUACAACAGAAUUUCUGGUGUAUUAUUUACAAAUGACAAGUUUCAAGUCAGCACAAACAAACUGACUUUCAUAGAUUUGGAAUUAAAGUUAAAAGAUAGAAAUACACUUUUUACAAGAAUUAUCAAUGGACAGGAACAGAGAAUGAACAUUGAUAGAGAAUUUGUGCUGUGGCUCAAGGAUUGCCAUGAAAAACAUGAUAAACAGAUCAAAUUUACUGAAUUUAAGGGAACAGCUAUACGCUUUGAUCAGUCUUCUAAAAAAAAACAGAGACCUUGGGCUACAUAUUCGGAAAUAGAAUGGGAAGGGAAAAUAUAUGCAGCUGACCAGUUGGUGAGAUCAGUUAAAACAGCUCCAAUAUAUCAUGGGAGAAUACAAGUUUUUUAUCUGUAUGGAGAUCAUGGUGGAGAUGUGUAUGCUACUGGUGGAGAUGUUCAAAUAGCUUUGGAGCCUCAGGCAUUGUAUAAUGAAACAAAGAUUAUUCCAAUAAGCAGACUUGAUCGUUGUGUGUCUGAAGCAGUAGUGAAAGAAUACAUUGAAGAGGAAAUGGCCCGACUUCCUGAUAGUCUGUCAGUAACAUGGCCUGAAGGAAAUGAAUUAUUGCCAAAUGAGACCAAACAUGCAGGAUUUACUAUAGGAGUACUAAAAAUUGAAAUACUGAAUAAAAAAGGCGAGACUAUGCAGAAACUUCCAGGUUCAAGUCAUGGAAGACUGAAGAAAUUACUUGUGGAACUUAAGGUUAUUUUGCAUUCCCCUAGUGGAAAUGAGGAAAUCAUUUCGCAUAUCAGUCAGCAUGGAGGGAAAUGGCCUUACUGGUUCAAAAGAAUGGAAAAUAUUGUUAAGCUUGGGACAUACACAUUGAAACUGCAAGUGGUGUUGAGUGGGAAUGAAGGCAAUGCAACGACUUAUACAGGAAGCUCUCUUCCAUCUAAAACAUUUAAAUUUCAUGUAAUAGCGGGAAAACCUCAGAAGUUUUCAAUAGGUCUUUUGGAUCCUACAUUUCGGAUAGGGCAUCCAUUCAAUAUUCCUCUAGAUGUCCAAGAUGGAUUUGGACAUACCACUCAACUGACGGAGGAUAUCGUACCAGUCCUUGAAGCUAGUGGUUUAACAUUACAGUAUGAAGAUAUAAAUAGAGGACAAAAUUGUGCCAUUAAAGACAUAAUUGCUAAAGGCCGUGUGAAUGAUUACCAGGGCGAGAACUUUAUUCUAAAGAUCACUCUUCCUGGUCUGAAGGAAGAAUCCCAAGUUUUGAAAAUUAAACUUCUCCCAGGCCUUCCUUGGAAGCUAAAUGUGAAAACAGGUACCUUGAAAAUUGAGAAUGGAACAGCUUUCCAUGGUUACGUUGAAGUAUUGGAUGAAGCAGACAACAUAACAGCACAACCCAAACUAAUUGUUCAUUGCAAGUUUCUAGGAGCUCCAAACCUUCCUGUAUAUGUUGUAAAUUGCAGCAAUGCUGGCACAAAUACGUUAACUGGACCUGUUCUGCACGUUCCAAAUAUAAAGGAAGAUCAAACACUUAUAGCAAGGAUUGAAAUACCAGGCUGUAAAAAAGUGCCACCAGUACAGAAGACUAUUACAGUGUUUCCUAGUAGACGUGUUGCAGGACUGCAGAUUUAUCGUGCUGAGGGGGAAAAAACUAUUCAGAUUAAACACCAGGAAGAAAUUAACUGCAUUGCAGGUGGUGUGAUGGAAAAUCUUAUUUUCCAAAUGUAUGAUGAGGCAGAAAAAGAGAUCACAAUAACUCCAGCUAUGGCUGAAAAAAUUGAAGUGAGCUGGUCUCCAAAGCUUAAUAGAGAACAACUGAUUAAAGGAUUCUUACCUGAUGUCAAAGCUCCAACAUCUGUAAAAGAUUCAUGCUAUUGCCUAGUUACAUUCCAUGAUGAACGUGUGUCUUUGUCAAGUUCAUUUGUGGUCAGACCGCUUGCUGAUGAGCCAAAACACAUUAAAUGCGAAAUUAAAGGAUCAGAUAUAAUAAAAAUGGGUGAAAAACUGCAAGAUGAAAUUGAGAUAAUGAUUACAGAUCAGCAUGGAAAUCAGGUUCAAUCCCUGACAUCAUCUUGUGUGACUGCCUUGGAGAUUUCUGGGAAUGGUCUGGAUAAAUCAGAUUUGAGAACUUUUUGGCAGCAAAAUACACAAACUAUUUCUGUCAAAGGAAUUAAGUUUGAACCGGGCCCACCAGAAACAAAAGUUCUGUGCCUUGGUUGGCGUGAUUUCUCUCAUUACUUGAGGUUAAAUUUGAUUGCUGGCCCUCCAGCUAAAUUGGUUCUUCUGGAUUGGAUAGAAUCAGAGAAGCCUAUAUCUGUAAUUAAUGGCAAAAAAUUACCAGAGCCCCUUAUAGUCCAGCUCUGUGACCAGUGGAAUAAUCUGUCUGCUGAACCUAAUGUCAAAAUCACACUUUUAAAACCUAGUAAUAUAAAGAUUGUUCCUUCAGAUCUGCAGUCUAAAACAGAUGAAAGUGGUAGAGCAAGCUUUGGAGUUCUUACUAUUCAUGCUCCUAGGGGAGAGUACGUCUUGCAGUUCAGAGCCUCCUGUAACAAGAAGGUAUUAAGCAGUCCAGAGAUCAAGAUGAAUGUUUUACCUGACCCAGAGAAACCUGUAAAUUUGAAUAUUACGUAUGAUAAGAAUGCUACCUUUACAGCUGGAAACACUCUUCCUAAUUUCAUGGUUAGUGCUAUUUCUGAAGAUGGCAACAAUAUUAAAAAUAUAAAUCCAGAAAAAAUUUGUAUGAAAAUCUGGGAAGGACACAGUGAUGAAAUUCUACCACAAAAUGUAAUACCUUUUGGAUGUACCAGAACAAAUGAUGACAAGGAUGAGGGCUUUUUUUACUUCAGGAAUAAUACAGUUCCAGAAAAAGUGGGCACAUACAGCAUCCAAUUUACACUUGUAAUCGACAAAACAAAUAUUCUUAAUAGCAAACAGAUUAUAAUUGAAGUGGUGCCGAAUGAGCCAAUACAGUUGAUGCCAAAAACUUUGCCAAAUACUCCUGCAGUUUCUAAUGUUCAGGCUGUUGCCAGUCGGACCCUUGUCAAGGACUUGACUCUUGUUAUAAUGGAUGAAUACAAAAACUGUACAGGAAAUGAUUUAGAUGGAAAAAUUAUAGCAAAAAUUGAAAGUUCAACUGAGAAAGACACAGAUAUUCCCCUAUUUCAGGGUAAAACAAGUACAGUUGAAUUUCCUUUUCACAGAGGAAUUGUUGAAAUUGAGGAUCUUGUGCUAGCAGAAAAUAGUCCAGGGAGAGACAGGACUGAGUAUAGUCUUGUAUUUGAGCCAGUCAUACCUGCUUUGCAAAAAUAUUUGGAACCUUACUGUUUAUCCUUUAUGUUUUAUAAUGGUUAUGAGAAACAACAGCAGAUGGCAAUUUUUACAAAAGAGAGAGACAGACUUUUACAGUCAAUAAAUAUAUAUAGAAAUGUGUUUGACGCUAGUAAUCAGCUUCUUGCUGAAAUAAAGUCCCAAGUACAGGAAGCUGGACAAAAGGAGUUACGGCUCAAGGAUGAACUGAAAAGCUGUCAGAUUGACAUACCUCAGACUGAAGUGCUGCAGCAUAUUAAUUCUUUAAUAAAACAGAAGCAGGCUGAGCAGGAAGAAAUAUUGAAACAACCCAGAAGAACAUGCACACUUGCCAAUUAUCCCAAAGGUAGUCAGGAUAUUUUGGGCAAGAUUUCACACUUAGCACAGAUCGAAGAUGAUAAAGUGGCAAAGGUCAUUUCCUGGCAUUUGGCAAGUGAUAUGGAUUGUGUAGUCACUUUGACAACAGCUGCUGCACGUCGUAUCUUUGAGGAGACUCAAGGUGUACAACAAGUCUUGUCUAUUGAUUCUGUUUAUAAGAAGGAUCUUCCAGAUUGGAACAGACCUUUACCUCACUUGCAAAAUAAAAGAAACCUUUUCAACCCUAUGGGAAAUCCUGUAUUUGCCAGGCACUCGCUAAUAUUUCCAGAGCACAAGGAGAAUUGCCAAGCAGUGUUUGAGAUGCUCUUGGGUAAUACAAUUAUUAUUGACAAUUUGGAUGCUGCCAAUCGUUACAGAAAAGAGGUUGUGAAAAUGACACAUUGCCCAACUUUAUUAACAAGAGAAGGAGACAGAAUUUGCAGCAAUGGAAAGUUUGGAGGCCUUCAGAAUAAAGCCCCUCCUAUGGAUAAGCUUCGAGGAAUGGUUUUUGGAGCACCUCUGCCACCACGUUACAAUACUGUUUCUGCACACAUAGGUCUCCUUCAGCACUACUAUACAGCAUUUGUCCGACUUAAUAAAGUAAACACAGACCUUGAACAACAACAACAAUCAAUUAAUUCUUUAGAAAUGCAAAGAAAGAAAGAAGAGCUUGCUGAACAGGAAAAGGAACUUAAAUCAAUAGAGCAGAAAUUAGGUAUGACCCCAUCAAGUCAAUGCAACAAAUCAUCACUUCACUCAGAAGAGCUUGAUUUGUCUGAGACUCCAAGCCGUCCAAAAAGAAUACGAAGAGAAAUAAAACGUCCACACAGGUUUGUCUAUCAGGUUUAUAUUGAAGAGGGAGAUUGUUCAUACUCAGAGAAAAACUUUUUUUUUAAAGAUUGCUAUGAUAAUCUGAAUAUAUUGUUACUGUGCCACAUAGUACUUGGAAUCCUAGAUGUUAAAACAGAUUAGAGCAUGGAAGUUUUGAACCAAGAUCUCCAAUAAUUAGGCUCUAAUUCCUUCUCUUUUGUUUCAAGGCAUCUGAAUUUUCAGGAGGCCAAGAACAGAGGCAUUUGUCAGGAUGGGCUGGGAUGGGGGGAAGAAAUGAUA